AUUCAGCGCUACAUACCAAAGUAUUGUUUUCAUUUCCAACUGAGAAAAACUGAGGUCGCACAGGAUACCAACAGCGGCCUGCUCUCGCGCCAUUUGGUUUUAAACGCAUUUAGUUCUACGACAGGUGUAGAGGAUGGACAUUUCUCGGUUGCGUUGAUUCUAGAGAUCGGAAUGGCGACGGCCAUAAGUGCGGAAAAUGAGGUCAAGUUGUGUUGUUUGUCCCGUCGAUGGUCCUGACUAUAUUGUUUACGUAGUAAUUGCAACGCUGAAGUUAACAUAGUUUGUCGUGAGUUUAAACCUGAAUUUACUCUGUUUUAAUGUUGGAUUUACCGCUGUGGAUAUCAUGGCAGCCCAGUGGAGGGUAUUAGUUGCCUUUCUUAUUGUAUUAACGCAAGUCGAUUGCAGUAAUAACGAAGUUUUACCACCGUAUGAUGAAAAUGGCACUUCUACAGAGCUUGUCACUGGGCUUUCUGUUCCAAUCGCAUUCUUGCCUACUAUCGCCAAACCAUCGCAGGAAGUUUCCAAUACAGUGCCCCAUAUACGGAGUCAUCCAAAGAAUGUGACAAGUCUGGUGUCUUCUAAAGUAGUGUUUCACUGCUCUGCGAGUGGAGACCCAGAACCAACGAUACGAUGGCAGAAAGAUGGCGUGGAUAUACUACCCGCGAACAAUCCAGAUAUCAUUAUGAAAAGGGGUAACCUUAAAAUCAAAAGUGUCAAAGAAGACGACGCAGGGAGUUAUACAUGUGAUGCGUAUAGCAGUGCUGGCAUUGCACAUUCUGAACCUGCAUAUCUAACCGUACAGGUUCCUGUUCGAAUUAUCCAUGGGCCAUCAAGUGUUAGCGUAGAGUAUGGCACUGUCGUUGAUAUCCUAUGUGAAGUUUUUGGAGUGCCGGAACCGAAUAUUUGGUGGAUGGAGCAUGGUAUAACUAUUCCAGAUAGCAAUUCACCUAUUCUGCAUGUUACCAUAACAGGACAAAUGAUAUAUACGUGUUGCGCUGCUAAUAUACUUGGCAGCAUUUGCUCAAAUAAAGCGAUAAUUUCAGUGUCUGAUAAGCCAGAGCCAGCUGGAUUUUGUAAAGAGUACAACCCUAGCAAAGAUGAGAGGGGAAUAUGUUCAAACUUCAUAAAAGAAGAUCAGAAGGUUUUCUUCAAUAAUUCGGUUGAAAACCCAAUAAUGGUGAAUGAAAAUAUUACACGAGGACUGUGGAUCAGUGUGGAUAAUGUGGAUAAUCGGCAGUGCCGGAUAGCUGCCGAAAAAUUGCUGUGUCAUUAUUCUUUUCCUGAUUGUGACGAUUCGGUUGCUUACUAUCCAAUGCCAAAAUUAUUAUGCAAGGAGGAGUGUCUUCUUGUGCAGGAAUCUAUUUGUAAAAAUGAGUGGGGAGUUUUAAAAUUAAACAUCGAUCAAGGUAUUCCCUUGAAGUCACGUGGUCAUUUCCAUUUUCCGAAUUGUCACGAAUUACCCAGUAUUCACACCUUGGGUUCAAAUGGCCUCCCAAAGUGUUCUGUUGCUGGUAUUCGCGAGGAGGACCCUGAUUUAAUCACAAUUGACUGUAUUUCUGGGAAUGGUGAUUAUUAUCGAGGUACGCAAAGCCUAUCAGAGAACGGUGUUCCAUGCCAAAAAUGGUCUUCUCAAAGUCCUCAUACACACAGGUUUACUCCAGAUCUUUUUUCGGAACUUCCCGAGACAGAAAACUUUUGCCGCAAUCCUGGGGGGGUUCGGGACAGGCCGUGGUGUAUCGUAACGACCGUUAACACAAUAUGGGAGUAUUGUAAUAUAUCGCAGUGUGAAAAUGAUUCACUCAUUGUUACUUCUACUGAGACUGAUUGGGGUGCUACAAAACCUCCUGCAGAAGAAGGUGAACAAAGCAACAUCAUCGCUACGGUUGGAAUCAGCCUUAGUGUCGUGUUAACUGUAAUAAUACUACUCACCGCCCUCAUGUGCUAUAAAUGGCAACAAUACAAGCGCUAUUCUAUGUACGAAUUUCCAAGCAAUUUUGACGCUUCAAAGCUACCUGAAAAUCCAAUGUAUGAGCGACCGCCGGUCGAUCGUAGCCUGAGUCAGAGUCUUGGCCGAUUGGAAUACCCCCGGAACAAGGUAGUCUAUAUGAGAGACUUGGGACAAGGAGCGUUUGGAAGAGUUUUUCAGGCCAAAGUGCCGAACCUUAUUCCCGAACAGGAAUAUUCAAUUGUUGCAGUGAAAAUGUUGAAAGCUGAGGCGUCGGAUGUGAUGCUGCAGGCGUUCAACAGGGAGGCAUUAUUAAUUGCCAAAUUCAAUCAUCCGAAUAUUGUUAAAUUAUUGGGCGUUUGUUCAAUAGGGAAACCUGCUUGUUUGAUCUUGGAAUAUAUGGGUCAAGGAGACUUGAAUAUUUUUCUGCGAGCCCGUGAUCCCAAACAGAGACUGGAACUCAAUACUGAGAGACGUUCGCGAAAAACCGGCCUCAAACUCUACCAACAGUUAAAAAUAGCGCAAGAAAUAGCAGCUGGUAUGGUUUACAUAUCUGAGAGGAAAUUUGUGCAUCGAGACUUAGCCACUCGAAACUGCCUUGUUAGCGAUAGUUUUAGAGUGAAAAUAUCAGAUUUUGGACUGGCUCGCUAUGUGGGAAAGCAUGUGUUCUAUAAGGGUAAAAUCGGUGAUGCAAUACCUAUUCGUUGGACUGCACCUGAAUCAAUCUUGCACAAUCAGUUUACCUCGUGCUCGGACCUUUGGUCGUUUGGGAUUCUCUUAUGGGAAGUGUUCACCUAUGCGUUACAGCCUUACUUCGGUGCUUCGCACACCGAAGUGAUUCAGCAUGUGCAACAUGGCAGGGUUCCAGCAUGCCCAGACAAUACCCCUAACGAAGUGUACUCUCUAAUGAAGCAAUGCUGGAGGAUUAAUCCCCGAGACAGGCCAACUUUUCUCACGGUGCUUAUAACGCUGGAGCAGUUGCAACGAAAGUUUACUGGACAUGAUGUCUGCUAAAAGGGAGCCACCUUACCAUAUAUGUUUUCCAAAGCAGUCGCUAUAUAAAUUUAACUAAUAAGGAGCCCUACUACUGAAUUGUGAGCCUUAUAACAUUUUUAAGUCAUCCUGAGCAGGAUUGCCGUUAUCUGACACUCUCCUAAAAGAGGCCUUCCAUUGAUAAUUAUUCUGUCGCAGCCAGUGAAGCUUCUUCUUUUAAAAAUGUCUUGCUGCCACCAGCUAACAGAAAUGCCGAGUUAUGCCUAAUAUUGAAACUAUAAUUGUAUCUCACCACUUUGAUUACAUAAUUUGUAUGAUAGAUAAUUCAGUUCUGCAUCUGCAAAAUAUUUUCGUAGUCUAUACUGUUGUAGUUCAUAUCACUAAUAUUACAGUUACCACUGCUUUUAUCUUCAGCUCUCUCUCAAUAAUACAGGUCAUCCGCUGCAUCUGCGCUAUUUCUGACCCUGUAUAUUUCUAGUCUUAUUUUUAGUUUUAAGGCAUAUUCGUGAUAUGUUUAACGCUUUAGUAAUGUAUGGUUAUUCUUAAAUGGGUUUCAACUCGUUAGAACAUUACCUGCAUCUCGCGCAUUGUUUUAUCCGAGUAGAUUGUUGUUAUGAAAAAUGAUGAGGGAUGUGC